UCUUCAUAACCAUCAAACACAAAAUUUCGUUUUUAGUCCAAUUAAGAUGGCUGCUUCGAGAAUGCACAGGAUGACUCUCCUGGUUUUGCUUCUGCUCGUAUGUAACGAUCUCGCCCUUGUGUCCAGCCGUCCGCAACAGAAUCCGCGUCGUAACCACAGACCUGGCGCACGACGAAGUGGAAGCAAUCGAGACAUAUGUGGUGGAGGUCAGUUCCGUUGUGGUGACAACAGCUGCAUCCCUUACUUUUGGAGAUGUGAUGAAGACAAUGACUGUCCCGGUGCUGAGGAUGAGAGAGAUUGCCCCGCCUCUGGGUAGUGAGCCUCAAGCUAUGGAGAGAGAGAGAGAGAGACAGAGAGAGAGAGAGAGAGAGCAAGUAAGAUGGCGAUUAAGCAACUUGAAGUAGAUUGUAUUUAUUUUUUUCAAAAUUUACAACAUCUUCGUCAUUAUCUCCAUCAUCAGCAGCAUUAUGAAAAGUACACUCACUUGAGAGAGUGCUUUGGGGAAAAGACUGGCGGGAAAUAUUCAGAUGAUCCAGACUAAGACAUACCAUGUUUGCAGCACGAAAGGCCACCAGAUCCCACAUGUACAAUAAAACCAGACAGGGAAGAGAGACGUCCGAAUGACUGUACAGGAGCGAUUCUGUAUGCUGCAGAAGAUGCUUCAAAAAUGGCAUUGGAGUCCAUGUAAAAUUUAGGAAGUAAUGGUUGUAUCUACUACUGUCCAACGUCUUCUUCUGAGGUGUGAUACUGUGCAAGAUAUGGGCUGAAACCAGAGAGGCCGGUCGUCCUCAUCAUAGCCAGGCCAAGCAGCGCUCACUAUCGUUAAUACGGUUGGCUGCAUUUGCCAUAGGAUGCUUUUUUUAUUUUAAAGAAGGACUUUAUCGAUUAAUGGAUUUCAAACUCUUCUUUACGGUCACACCGUCAGUUAGCAAUAAAUAUGCACAUUUAUUUUGUUUAUAUUGGAAAGUAAAGAAAAGACAUUUUAUGUGCAUGCUUUCAGAAUGGAGGAGGGGCCUAGAGUGUACAUUCUGUGAUUCGAUUUCGACCGGCACCUAAAAGUUUUCUUCAUAAUGGUUGUACAUGUACAUGUAUAAUAUUUCGGAAAGUAUAUUUUCAUUGCAUCAUUUUACUUUGUCGUAAGAGCAUUCUUCCGUGUCAAAAUGUUGAGAACCAUUAGAAUCUAGUUUCUUGAUAAUAAAUCUUAAUUUUAAAGAGCAAUGCGUUUUAUAAAAUCACCCCCACCACCAUCAUCAUCAUCAUCAUCAUCAUGUCCACCAUCAUCAUCACCAUGAGUGGCAGUAUAAAUAAAUGAAGAGAGUUUGAAAUAAAGAAACUUUUACAAACAAUACUCUAUUCAAAAAUUAAUAACACCAAUAAAUAGUCAAUUCUU